AUGCCAAAUAGUUUAAGACGUCUUGCAUCAAAUGAUUUGCUUGCAUCAAAGAUCUUCUUGUGGAAUUGUAACAGUUCAAGAUCUUCUUGUGGAAUUGUGCAAGCAGAUCUUACUCCAAUUGAUAUAUUCUCUGAUGAUGAAGAAUUUAGACAUCAAGAAAUUGAUGAUGAAUUAACUGUUACAAUUCCACAAGAAGAUCUGCUUGCAUCAAAUCAUUUAAAUUCUGAACAAAAACACGCAUAUGAAUUAAUUCUCAAAACUUUACUUCUCAACAAACCUGCUGCAUUUUUCAUUGAUGGUCCUGCUGGCACUGGAAAAACAUUUCUAUACAAAACACUUCUUGCUGAAAUUAUAUCAAAACAUAUGAUAGCACUUGCAACUGCUGUUACAGUGGAUAAGAUGUUACAAGAUAUAAAUGAUACAAACAUUCCUUUCGGUGGAAAAGUUAUUGUUUUUGGUGGAGAUUUUCGUCAAGUAUUACCUGUAAUUCGAAAAAGUACAAAAGAAGAACAAAUUGAUGCAAGCUUUGCCCGCUCUCAUUUAUGGUCUUCUUUAACCAAAAUUAAAUUAAUAGAAAAUAUGAGAUCUAGAUUGGAUCCUGAUUUUUGUCGUUAUUUAAUUGAAAUUGGUAAUGGUAAUGAACCAAUUACUGUUAAAGAUAUGAUCAAAAUUCCAACAGAAAUGCUUAUUCAAUAUAACAAUGAUGCUGAAUCUUUAAAUUAUUUAUUAGAAGCUAUUUUUGAAGACAUAUCAAAUUAUUCAAACAAUUUAAUUGAAAUGACAAAUCGAACUAUAUUAACACCAAAAAAUCACUCAGUUGAUGAAAUAAAUGUCAUAAUCAUUGAAAAAUUUCCUGGUGAUGUGGUGCGAUAUUAUAGUUUCGAUGAAACAAUUGAUACAUCUGAAUAA